GGCAGGUAGGUAAAGGGUUGUUAUGUAUAAAGAUUUGGAUCCAACGGGGUUAGUAUAUUUCGGCGAUAGAGGUGAACCCGAGAGUCUUAACGUUCGCUUACCAACUCUUGCGAGAUAUGAACCAUGUCACACAUGCAUCAUAACAAGAUCUAGACAUAAAUAUGAAGAUCAUCCAGAAAAGGAAGUACACCUAUCCAUUCUGGGGGAUAUCCCGAAUCCUCUUUCUACAUGCGGUCUCGGCCUGUGGCUAGGGGCACUCGGCUGUCAUACAUAUCAUCCCGGAAUCUAUACUUAAUCGACAUAUUAAGAAGAUCAAUCUAAGCAAAGGAAAUCAGUCCCUUAUAUUGGAUCGUUAAGACCCACUUCCAAUCAUGUGUCUAAAAUAUCCUGAUAGAAAAGCUCAAGGACGCCUGGGCUCGAUAAUUAUUAUUAGCUUACCCAGGUAUCUUCUAAAAACCUGGCCCCAUAUUCGCCAUAAUCAUGUCCUCUAUUGAAAAUUUAGCAUCAUCCAUUACGGAACAAGUCUCGAGGCUCUCGUCCCUGCUCCAAGGAGAGGGUUUGCCUUCCCCAACCUUUGAAGAGUCCGGAUUCAGGGAUUUCGAGCAUGAAACGGACACGCCAACAGGAAAGGCAUUGCGGGAAGCACGCAACAGAAUACUUGAUACAGCCCACGACCUCAUACGGUUGGUACAGGGUCCAACCGAACAUAUUCUGACUUUAACUUGGGCGACUACAGACACGGUAAACAUCGAUUUGAUUACCCGGUUGAGGAUCCCCGAACAUGUACCACUAGGGUCGUCUAUAUCAACCCAGGAACUCGCUGCUGCUAUACGCAUUCCUGAACCGUUACUGGCUCGAAUAGUACGAUAUGGGAUUGCCAACGGUGUAUUUAUCGAGGAAUCACCCAACGUCAUUCGGCACUCAGCAUCGUCGGCUGCGCUAGUGCAGAACCCGCACUUGAGUAAUAUCGUACGGUUCGGAGCGGAAGAUCUCGGGAAAAUCAUGAUGAAAAUACCGGAUGCAGUUGUGCUUAAGCGCGACGAUCCGGCGCACGCCCCCCACACUGCAUUCAACCUGGCAUACGACACGGAGGAGUCGUUAUUCGUUCAUUUCCACAAAAAUGAAGCCGCAAAUAAGAGAUACCAUGAGUAUUUAGCUGGAAGAGUAAGCACACCCUUGUGGUCUGUUGAUCGUCUGCGUGCAGCCUGGCCAUGGGAAUCCAAGGGAAAGGUUAAGGUGGUUGAUGUUGGUGGCUCCAGCGGUCAUACAGUCCUAGCAUUGGCGCCCUUAAUGCCCGAUGCAACAUUCAUUGUCCAGGAUAACAAUCUCUCUUCGUUAGAGAUGGGACGACGCGCCGUUGCUGAAGAUCCAUCUCUAAAGUCGCGCGUUAGCUUUGAAGUAUAUAAUUUCUUCAAACCACAAACAGUUCAAGCCGAUAUCUAUAUAUACCGGCAUAUUCUACACGAUUGGCAGGAUGAGGACUCUGUUAAAAUCCUGUCGUCGCUGCUUCCGGCCCUAAAGCCAGGGGCCAGGGUUCUGAUCAGCGAGGGUAUUGUUCCAGAACCGCCUGCGAAGAGACUGAACACAUUUGCAAGUAAAAUGGUCCGAGUAGAAGAUACGUUUAUGCUCGGAGCACAUGAUUCGCAUGAACGCACUGUCGCUGAAUUCGAGUCACUGUUCCAUCAAGUCAGUCCUGGAAGUUUUCGGCUUGUGGGCGUCACAUCGGGCGCCGAAGCCGGAGCUUUCCAAUCAUUGCUAGAAUUCGAAUUUAUUGGGCUGAGAAAGUAGCAUAGUAAGCACAUGCUUGGCAGCUUGAAUUGAGGCUUUAUCAUGCAGUUCAUUAGAUCUAGGCGAAAAAGGGGUAACUUGGGUUACAUCCGAAUGCCGUUGCUCCCCGUCUCGUGAUUUUGUUACCUAGGGGUCUAUUUUGCGAGUAUACUAUUGCUUAUUUAUCCUACUUCAACAACCAACUAUAGACUAGCUCAACGCUCGAUCGAUCGUGC